CGGUGGGGGGUUAAGGGGAGCUGAUGUUCUGUUGGUCUGGAGGGUCCCUGUAUCCAGGAAGAGGAUAUGAGAAGAGCAGCUUUGCAGGUAGAGCUUCCCAACUGAGUACCAUGUAAAGGUCUGACAGAGCCCCUUGAUUCGUGGGACAGGAGAGACGUCCCUCUUUCAGUCCAGAAGGGGCAAAUUCUUUGAACGUUUUUGUCUGCUUCAGUAGGCUCUUAAAAUAUCGUCUUUACCUGAACCACAGGGGCACGUGCCUGAGCCAGUUUGCCCACUGUGGGGAAAGGAAGUCUCAGGAGGCAUUCCACGCGCCAUGGAGAAACCGUGGAAGUGUGGGGAUUGCGGGAAAGGAUUCCGCUCCCCCUCCAAGCUGGAGAUCCACCGCCGUGUCCACACCGGGGAGAGGCCGUUCAGCUGCUCGGUGUGCGGGAAGGGCUUCAGCGACUCGUCCACCCUGCUGACCCACCAGCGGGUCCACACCGGGGAGCAGCCCUUCACCUGCUCGGUGUGCGGGAAGGGCUUCACCCGGCUGUCCAUCCUGCUGACCCACCAGCGGCUCCACACCGGGGAGAGGCCGUUCGCCUGCUCCGAGUGCGGGAAGGGCUUCAGCGACUCGUCCACCCUGCUGCGGCACCAGCAGGUCCACACCGGGGAGAGGCCCUUCACCUGCUCCGUCUGCGGCAAGGGCUUCACCCAGUCGUCCACCCUGUUCUCACACCAGCGGGUCCACACCGGGGAGAGGCCGUUCAGCUGCUCCGUCUGCAGCAAGAGCUUUACCCGCUCGUCCACCCUGCUGACCCACCAGCGGAUCCACACCGGCGAGGGGACCUUCACCUGCUCCGAGUGCGGGAAGGCCUUCACUAAGUUGUUGAAACUGAAGUCCCACCAGCGGGUCCACACCAGGAAGCGGCCCUUCACCUGCUCCGUCUGCGACAAGGGCUUCGCCCGCUCGUCCGACCUGCUAACCCACCAGCGGGUCCACACCGGGGAUAGGCCGUUCAGCUGCUCGGUCUGCGGCAAGAGCUUUACCCGCUCGUCCGACCUGCUAACCCACCAGCGGGUCCACACCGGGGAGAGGCCGUUCAGCUGCUCGGUCUGCGGCAAGAGCUUUUCCCGCUCGUCCAACCUGCUGACCCACGAUAUGCUGCUUAGGGACCCCUUCACCCUGAACUAA